AUGUCGUGGACUUCCCGGGCUUCUUCCGCCCCCGGCUUCCGUCGCGCCAGUGGAAGGAGGGACAUGGAUUCGAGGUCUCCGGUCGCUUACAGGGAGAGCCCAAUGGCGUACGAGCCGCCAAAGUUGUGCCACUGCAGACAGCCACGGAAGGCGCCGAGAUGGAUCUCAUGGAGCCGUCAAAAUCCCGGCAGGAGGUACUACGCGUGCGUAGAUGCAAUGCAUGGUGGAUGUGGCUAUGUGGAGUGGCAUGAUGAUCCUUUGCCCAAGUUUUUUAGUGACUUGAUUGGAGAUUUGAGAGAUGAGGUGUGGAGGCUAAAGGGUCAAAGAUCUGUGGUUCAGACUGAAGAGGAGUGCCCAAAUGUGCUUAUGCCUGGACAUGAUGCAUCAAGGGUUAUGGCUCUUGAGCUUGAGUUAAAGGAGAGGAAUGCAGAGCUGGAAGCAAUGAACGGGAAAUAUAGGAAUGCGGUGAUGGUUUUCAUUGUGUUUGUGGUGGGUGUAGUUGUUGGGAAAAUGCUAGUGUACUGA